GGCUGAGACCAGCCCAGAAACUUCCAGCUCUGACAACCCAAGCUCCCCGUUCCCCGCCAACAUGAAGGUCUCUGCAACAUUUCUGUGCUUGCUGCUCACAGCUGCCUCCUUCAGUGCCCAGGUGCUCUCCCAGCCAGGUUCGGUUUCCAUCCCAAUUACCUGCUGCUUCAAUAUGGUCAAGAGGAAGGUCCCCAUGCAGAAGCUGGAGAGCUACACGAGGGUCACCAACAGCCAGUGUCCCCAGGAAGCUGUGAUCUUCAAGACCAAAGCAUCCAGGGAGAUCUGUGCUGACCCCAAGCAGAAGUGGGUCCAGGAUAACAUGAAGCACCUGGACCAAAAGUCCCAAACCCAGAAGCCUUGAAACUUCGCACCUGGACCAAGAGACAGAGCAUGAGGAAAAUCUUAUUUAUUUUCCCCCAACUCUCCCCAAGUGCAGAGCGAUCUUAUUUUAUUACAAUGUACAACAAGAGGCACUUUGUAUAAUAAUUUAAGGCACAUUUCUCAAAUAAUAUUUAAUUAUAUUUAAGUUAUUAAUGUUUUGACUUUAUCUGCUAUAAAUCCUAGUGAAUGUAAACAUUCACAGUGUUUGUAAACAUGCACAGAAUCCAGUGGCAUGUUUUCCUUUCUGUGAGCUCAGUCAAGUUCAUGGCAGGAUGUCAUUGUUCUCCCUCCAAUGUGUCUAUAGUAUUGUGAGGUCCUUCCAUGGAUCAUCAGAGUGAAACGUUUCUGUAUUCUUAUGAAUCAGCACUCCUGUAUGUCAAAUGUCUGCUGUGUAGUGUGGUUGAAAUUAAUGUUAUUUAAUGACUAUGGAAUUUUCAAAGAAAAAAA